AUGUCAUAUCCUCAACUGUAAGAAAUAAAAAGGAAAUUAGACUAUAGAUCUAUAGAUCUUCUGAAUGCAGAAGACUCUAACAAGAAAGAAGAUGCAGCUCCCAGCAGCAAAUCUACAUUUCAAAGUAGACCCUAAAUUCCCCCAGUAAUAAGCAAAUUCUUGCUUAUUUGUUGGGAUUUUAUCAAUUUUUUUUAAAAUGGUAAACUUUAUUGGAUAGAUCCAAAAUUUGCAUUUUCUUUUGUAUCUAAGUGAAAAAAUCUUAAACCAAAAAUCCUCUUCACGGCCUAUUUCUGCUACAUACCAUUCAGCAACCAGGCCAAAAGGUCUUAGCACAUAUAAAUCAGAUGAUAGUCUUUUAUAUAGGCUUCGCCCUGUAGUUGUAAAUAUUGAUAAAGAAACGCUUUAUGAGGAGAAUAUGUCAUUAAAGCUUGAAACAAAUAAACUUAAAGAAGAUCUCAUAAGGGCGACCACUAAAGUUAGCAUGCUUGAAAAAGAACUGAACAGAGUCAAUGAGAGAGCAAAAAAUAUGAAACAAAAAAAUGAAAUUCUUCCUUUUAUGGAGUCUAAGAAAGUUCACCUUGUGCCUUCUCUUAAAGAAACCAUUAAAGAAUUGAGACAUGAAAUUAAGACUCGAAUUGAAGAAACUGAAAAAUUAAAAAGAAGCCUAAAAUACACUAACUUUCUUGAAAUGGAAACAGAAAUAAAAGCAUUUAGCGACGAAAGUACAAGGCUAAGACAUCAUCUUUCUGAGAUUUUAAAACAAAAAGAUAUCUUGCAAAAUGAAAGAAUUCAGGCAUUGCUUGAAGAGAAAAACGCAUUGAUAUCAUUAAAUAACCAGUUUAAAAAAGAUAUUCAUGAUUUAACCUAUGCACUUGAUAUUGAAAAAGCAGAGUUAGAAAAAUUAAAACAAGUAAAACAGGAAAUUCCAAAACCUAAAAAAAAACCUCAUAAAAAGAAAAAGAACCACAGCCAGGAAAAAGAAUUAAAAAAAACCAAGGAACAGCUAGAAUUUGAUAGAAAAGAAUUUGUAGAAAAAGAAAAUAGUUUAAAGAGAUCUAUUGAAAAUUAUAAGCAAGAGUUAUUUGCAAAGCAGUCUAAAGUUGAUGCAUUAGAAAAAGAAGUUAGAGAUCUUCAAGCAUCGCUUAAAAAUUUUAUAGCUAGACCAAUAAACUCAAAUGUAGUUAAUGUUGAAAAAAUAAAAAAUCAGCCAAAAUUACAAAAUCCAAUAAAAGUAUUAUGGCAGCUGCAUCAAGUUUUGACUGAAAAACAAAUUUCAAUUGAUGAUUUUUUGGCGAGUAUCGAGAAUAACUAUCGGAUUAUUAAAAUUAGUGAUUUUUUGGAAAUUAUGAAAAAAGAAAAUAAAAAUGUUGAGGAAAAAUAUAUGAAAAAAUUAAAAGAGCAAAUAAAAGAUAGUUUAGAUCAAUAUAUACCUAGUUUUUGCCUUAUUUCAUUAUAUGAGUCGUAUGAAUAUAAUGAUAAAGACUAUAACUUAUCUUCUUCUAUCGAAGAAUCCCAUGAAAAUCUAGCCAUACAAGCUCCACCCCAAAAUUUGCAAGAAACAUCUCCAAAAGCUUUUCCUGAAUAUAUUUCCCCUGUAAAAUUAGAACAAAUUCAGAGUUCUCUAAAUCAUAUUAAACUAAAAAUGCAGCUUAACCGAUUCUCAAAAUCUGACUUACAAAAAGUACUAUUUGACAAUAAAUUCGUUUUCAGCAAUCCUAUUCAUAUUAAUUAUGUUGAGUUAAGCAAUUUAUUUUCCCAAGAACCAUUUGAUAUUAAAGAUAAAAAUGAUUCAGAAAACCUAUCAAGGUUUUUAUUUCAGUCUGAAAGUGACAAAUUUACAUCAUUAGAGCAAAUUGAAAAAGUUACUAAAACCCCAGAGCAAAUUACUAAAAAAUUAUUAGAAUUAAUAGAUGAGUGAGAGGUGUAUUCACAGGAAGCUGAAGAAAAAAUGGAUCAAGAAAUCUCUGCUUUAAUACAAAGCAAUAAAGUUACUUUAAAAACAGCAUGCAAACUUUAUGAUACUGAAAAUUCAGGAAUAAUUACAAUUGAACAGUUUAAAAAGGCUUUGGAGGAUGUUGAGAUACAAUUUUCGCCAAAAGUUCUCAGUUAUCUCGUAGUUUUAUUUUAUUCUCAUAGCUACCAAUUAGAUACUGUGCCUUAUAAGUUUCUAAUAAAAGCUUAUGGGAAUGUAAAAGAAAAAAAUUCUGUUGAAGAAGAAAGCGUGACUAAUUCAGAUGAAGAAAGGGCUGAAAUCACCCGAGAGUUCCUAGGAUUUAUGGCUGAAAAGCUUAAAAAGCGAAGCUUAACCGUUCGAGAUGCUUUUAAAAAUGAUAAAAACGGGCUCAUUUCUCCUAAAAAAUUUAUAAAAGGCUUGAGCAAGUUAAACAUAAAAAAUAUCAGUGAAGAAAAUAUCAAGCUAAUUUUAGAUGCACUUCAAUAUGAAAAAGAAACAAUCCCAUGCAUAAGCAUAGAUGAACUUGAAGAAAUUUUAUAUCAUUAUGGCAUUGCUACUAAAAGAGAGCUAGAAAAUUAUAAAUCAAAUAGUGAAUCGAAUUCAAGAUCUUCUAGUGAGGCGAAAAAUGAGAAACAUUACAGGGAGUCUUCAAAUUUCUUAGAGUAUAGUGAAGAUUCCCCUGAGAAAUCAGGGCCUUAUAAAUCCCUUCAUUAUGGAUCUGAGGGUUCUCCAUUUGGAAGCGCAUUUGAGCUUGAUGGCCAGAAAAAUUCUACAAUAAAAAGCGGGAAAGGGGACAAAUUUAAAUUAUCAAGCCAGGAUAAAGCAAGCUUGGAUCCUGAAAAUACAGAUAAAUCAAAAUUUUCUGAGGGAAAUGAAGAAUAUGUAUCUGAUUAUGAACCAGAAGAAUCUGAUCGUCAAAAAACACCAAUAGAGAAAAUAAGUAACAAGCAUAGUGAAACUGAAGAAAUGAGUGAUAGUGAUGCUUAUUCUAAUGAUUUUGAAAAUUAA